AUGUCUGCAUCCUACCAAUGCAUUAUUUGUAAACACAUAAACAUUUCGAUUACGGAUUUACAUUAUCAUCACAUGCAACAACAUAAUUCAACAGAAUUAUCACAAACUAUUAUCAAUCUUCAAGGCUUUAAAGUAUUGAAUGAAAUAAAACGUGCAAAAAAGAAAUAUUUACAACCUAUAGAUCUAGGCAGUAAUAAUAACAAUGAAAAUUUAUGUAAUCAUGUCUUUAUUAAGCCAAAACUACAAAAGAAUAUAUGCAAAACUAAACAAGAACCUAACUCAUCAAGAAAAUCUAAUCAUGACAAAACAAUUUGUUUGUUAAAUUGCAGUCAGUUUAUUGCUUGGGAACGUGAAUUCAAUAAAAGGAAGGAGAUAAAUGAUGAAGAAUUUUUUGCCAUUAUUGAAAGCCUUUGCUAUGAUUUAAGUACAAGGUGUAAAGAAAGGAAACAUAGAGGAAGAAAGAAAAAAGGAGGGAUACUUACAGACGAAAUAAACAGAAAAACUCUUAUUCAAGGUGUUGAAAUUGCAAACACAGAAAUGGCAACUAAAGUUGUGGAACAACUAAACAGUGGACCUUCUCAAAUUUCUACAACAACAACUUCAUUUUGGGAUACUGAACAUUCAAUUAUUGAUACUUCUGUUAAUAAUGAGGUCACUACAAGUAAUGAUACACUACAAGUACAAAAUGAAGUAGAAGACUCUGAAAAUAAAAAUGUUUCAACAGAUAAUCUACUGUGCAAUAAUUUUUCUUGGGAUUCUAUCAUUAACGUGAAUUCUGAUGACCAAAAAAUGUUUGUUCAAGAUGAAAAUGUUUACUAUGAAUGACUGGAAAAUUUUUUAUAA